GGGGCGGGGCUCGGGGGGGGGCGCGGGGACCGGAAAGAUGGCGGUCCUCGCACCUCUGAUUGCCCUGGUGUACUCGGUGCCGCGGCUUUCGCGAUGGCUGGCCCGGCCUUACUGCCUGCUGUCGGCCCUGCUGUCUGCUGCCUUCCUACUCGUGAGGAAACUGCCGCCGCUCUGCAACGGCCUCCCCACCCAGCGCGAAGAUGGCAACCCGUGCGACUUCGACUGGAGGGAAGUGGAGAUCCUGAUGUUUCUCAGUGCCAUCGUGAUGAUGAAGAACCGCAGGUCCAUCACCGUGGAGCAGCAUGUGGGCAACAUCUUCAUGUUCAGCAAGGUGGCCAACGCCAUCCUGUUCUUCCGCCUGGACCUGCGCAUGGGGCUGGUGUACCUCACGCUGUGCAUAGUGUUCCUGAUGACCUGUAAGCCCCCGCUCUACAUGGGCCCCGAGUACAUCAAGUACUUCAACGACAAGACCAUCGAUGAGGAGCUGGAGCAGGACAGGAGGGCCACGUGGCUCGUGGAGUUCUUCGCCAACUGGUCCAGCGACUGCCAGUCGUUCGCGCCCAUCUACGCCGACCUGUCCCUCAAGUACAACUGCGCGGGGCUGAGCUUCGGGAAGGUGGACGUGGGGCGCUACACGGACGUCAGCACGCGGUACAAAGUGAGCACGUCGCCCCUCACCAAGCAGCUCCCGACGCUCAUCCUGUUCCAGGGCGGCAGGGAGGUCAUGCGGCGGCCUCAGAUCGACCGGAAAGGGCGCGCCGUGUCCUGGACCUUCUCCGAGGAGAAUGUGAUCCGAGAAUUCAACCUGAAUGAGCUGCACCAGCGGGCCAAGGGGGCGACCCAGGCGGGCGACAGCAUUCCGGAGGGCAAGAAAGUCAAAUAGGGCCUGCUCUCCAGUAACCCUGUUUGCCCUGUCGCUGCGCACAUGCGACCCUGCUGGACGGUGGCCAGCCGGGACCGGGGGCGAGGUCCCUCCGGGCUCGGCUGGUGCCAGCCGGUGCCCCCUCAGCGGCCAGCCAGGGUCUCCUCGUCCCUGCCGCCCGGGCUGCUCCAGGGAAAGCAGGCUAACAAAAAGACUAGAGGCGCAGGGAGAAACCUGUCGCCACAGCGGACGACGCCCUCCCCGGAUGGGGAGCAGAAGGGUGGCGGCGCCACAAGGCGGCCGCGCGCCUCCCGGCACUCGGAGGCCCCCGCAAUAAAGAGCCCGGUUCCCUCUGGA